AUGAUUUCUAGGAAACGAGCACGGCGUGGUGGCGGCACUCCGGGGCCGACAAACCCAAACCCCACCACUACAUCGCUGCAGCCUACCCGCGCCAGUACUUCGUCACAGGUCAGCGAUCUCUCCGCCGCCCCAGUGACAUCGCCAUCACCAUCACAGUCCGCCUCCGAACCUGCGCAAGGCAUGCUGCCGUCGGCCCUGCGAAACCUCGAAACAAGUAGCAAGAGCGAAAAGAGCAACAGCAGUGCUAUAUCCGUGCAAGAAGGCAGCAAAACAGUAGCACAGGUUCACAAAACUAGGAGUUGGUACGGAUCAUGGCCUCGGAAGUCCACGCCUUCUACUUCGUUGCAAAGAGAGACGAUACUAGGAAGCCCUCUCAAGGCAGGCUCUACGCCUGACUUCAGCCGUUUCGAAACAAAGAGGACCGCCGACACUGCGAGCUUGAGUGGGGCGAGUCAGGCCUCGGUCAACACGAUGCCCAAGGUCCGAGAGACGGACACCGAUGACCCGGACACCAACAACAAUGCGACAGUCGCUGAGCCAGAAGCUCAGAAGAACAUCACCAACAAUGGACCGACCCCGAAGGACACCACUGAGAACACGAAGCAGGGUGAUUCAAGAGACAACAAGGCUCCUACGGUGGACGAGCCGAUGCACGAUGCACCGCCGGCUGCAGACACGCCGCAAAGGCCAUCGACGUCAUCGGGUUGGUUAGGCGGAUGGUUCACUGCGAACCCAGUGCCGGAGAAAAAAGCAACAGAAAAUGCAAAUACGCCGCAAGAAACAGCACCGUCGCCGAAAGAGGAAAAUGAACCACCCAAUCCAGAGCCAUCGCCAGAGAAUACGGUUGCUUCAGGCGCAGCUGAGCUACCAGCAACCAGCGCGCCGCAACGCUCCAUGACCAUGUGGAUUCCAUUUUGGUCAAACAACAGUGUUCCUGAAGCCGUGAAAGACGAGCCUGCGAAAGCACCCGAGCCAAUCUCGAAGACAGCAACAGAGCCGGAAGAUACAGUCAUGGAGGAGGCACCGCCAGCAAACCCCGAGCCUGCAACCAAACCCACUGCUGGUUCAACCUGGGCAUUCUGGUCAAAAGACACACCCAAAUCCCCCGGCGAACCAAAAGGAACCACCCAGCAUGGUGAAUUGGCUGUAAUGGGAGAUGGUUCCGAGACGCACCCCAAGCGAGCCAAUUCUUUGGAUAUGAGCCGAGACGCGCCUCCAAAGCCGGAACCACCCAAGGAGGCACCUGGGAAAAUCAAGCAAAUUAAAGACAAGGUGUCGAAGAAGAAAAGAAAUAGGCCCCAAUCCAUGGACAUCGACGACGUACCGUCGCGCCCACAAACUCCUCAGUCAGACGCAGCUUCUAUCAAGGUAGACUCACCAAGUAAGGCAAAGGCGAAAACACCAACAACGGCAACCCGGCCGACACCUCCCAAUCUGUUGCUGCCCUCGUUCAAGGGCACGUACAAAAUGAAGGAAAACCCCUCCAUAUUGCGGCAAUUAGCUUCAUUACUCUUACGGACCCAGCAAAAGCCUACAAAGCACGUCUUUCUCGCCCAGGAUCCACCCAAGGUCAAGAAAGCGCUGGCUAUAGGCGUACACGGGCUGUUCCCAGCUACAUACCUCAGGGCUAUGAUCGGUCAGCCGACUGGAACCUCCCUUAAAUUCGCCGAUCAGGGCGCCGAAGGUAUCCGCAGGUGGGCCGAAAGCCACGGCUGUGAAGAUUGUGAAAUCGAGAAAGUCGCCCUUGAGGGCGAGGGCAAGAUUGCGGACCGAGUGGAAAAUCUGUGGAAGUUGCUCCUCAACUGGAUUGACCACAUCAGGGAGGCGGACCUGAUUAUAGUGUCCUGCCACUCGCAGGGUGUGCCUGUCUCUGUAAUGCUGCUUGCGAAAUUGAUCGAGCUCGGUAUUAUCACGAACGCCAAGAUUGGGGUCUGCGCCAUGGCAGGAGUCAACCUGGGGCCGUUCCCCGAUUACAAGUCCGGUAUGGGCAUGUUGAUGGGCAGCGCCGCGGAGCUGUGGGAGUUUGCGAACUCGGAGAGCGAGGUUUCGAAGAGGUACGAGGCCUCACUCAAGACAGUGCUGGCCUACGGCGUCCGGAUCACAUACAUCGGCAGCAUCGACGACCAGCUUGUCCCAAUAGAGUCAGCCAUAUACUCGCCAGCCAGCCAUCCUUACAUCUACCGAGCUGUGUUUAUAGACGGAAGGAUACACGCGCCUGAUUUUAUUGCGCAUUUAGUGGGAUUCGCGUGCAAGCUUCGCAAUCUGGGCGUGUCUGACCACGGCCUGAUCCGUGAGCUUUCCGUCCCGCUGGCAGGAAGUCUCUACGGCGGCGAGGGCCAUUCACGCCUUUACGAUGACGGCCAGGUCUAUGACUUGGCCAUAUCCCACACCCUCGAAACCACAAACGUGGGCGACGUACCGUGCGAGAUCCAGAAAUUUGAGGGCCUAACCGCCUCAAACCCCUACUUGCUCCCCUGGAUCAUGCGCGGCCUGCUAGAGGAGGACUUCGUCAAGACAGAGCUGAGCAACGAGACGGAGGAGCUGUUGAAGCAGUUUGACGACUGGAAGCCGACCACCAAGGCGUUGAAGGAUGUCAAGUAUAGACUCGAGGCUGUUAGAUCAAAGUUGUAG